AUGCCUUUCACGACUGACAAAUACCAUGGCGUAGUCAACUCUUUGACAUCAUCUUCGGCACAACCUGCCGCCGCCGCCGCGUCCCUUCCUACGGCCACCGUCACUAAGAACUUGACAACAAACAAUGGUUCCAGCCAGGCCAUAACCUUUGGUGUCUUAGGCACCUGCAUUGGGGUUGUUAGCAUCGUGUUAGCUGCUCUCACGCUACGCUUCAUGUAUCAGACUAUGAAAAGAAAGAGGUCCGAUUUGGAGAGUAUACAUCCAAACGUAACACCAUCCACAUUGGAGUCGAACAUACCCGUGGCAACCGCCAAUGAGGGCAGUUCUCAGUCUACACCUCGCAGUCAGGAACUCACUGACAAUGUUGAGUUGAGCCGGGUUGAGACUGAAUGAGCGAGAUAGUAUGACAAUGAACCAAUCAUCAAAGCCGUCGCGAUGAUCAGAACAAUGAAAGAGUGUGUUUAUG